ACUGUGAAAUGGUAGCCGACACGAGCAGUUAUCAUCACCAAAAGCAACAGCAACACCAGCAACAACAGCAGCAGCAUCAGCAGCAGCAACAGCAGCAUCAGCAGCAGCAGCAGCAGCAGCAGUCCGGACUCCACCAUCAGCUGAGCCAUCAUCAGCAACAGCAGCAAAACAGCAUGCAAUACUGCAGCGACAUGGAACAGUCCGGCGGACCGGGAAGCGUGCGGUACGACUCGGUGUCACCCGGGCCAGAGUCCCCGGGAGGCGAACCCUAUCCUCCGGGAUACGACCUGGCGUCGCACUUGCAGCGCAAAGAGUUCUUUGCACAGCGCAAACAGCGCGAGUUCAUUCCGGACAACAAGAAGGACGAGAGCUACUGGGACAGGAGACGGCGGAACAACGAGGCUGCCAAGAGGUCCCGGGAAAAGAGACGGUUCAACGACAUGAUCCUGGAGCAGAGAGUGGUAGAGCUGAGCAAAGAGAAUCACGUGCUCAAGGCGCAGCUGACGGCUAUCAAAGACAAGUUCGGCAUCAGCGGCGAGGCAGUGGUCAGCGUAGAACAGGUAAUGGCUUCGUUGCCGACCAAUGAACAGGUGUUGAGCAUCACUAAACGACCCAAGUUGUCAUCAUCGUACCCACAAAACCCGAUUCCCACUUCGGUGAUCCACCGACCGGUACAGUCGACCACACCGAAGAUGAACGGCAACGGCUAUUACGGACAGUCCGACUGCGCAAUGGACCAACAGGACCGUUCCAACGGUAGCAGCAAUGGUAGUCUCAACGGUGGCAUCGUUCCGGCGGUCACAUCGGCCGCGGCCGUGGCCGCCGCCGCAGCCGCCGGUUACGCGCCGUACUCGUUCACGCCCGUCUUGCCGCCGCUACAGCCGCCGUCGUUCGAAGCGGCCGCCAACAGCGUGUUGAACCUCAGCCGGCGGCCGCCGUCGCCGUACGAGUUGAGCAGUGGCAGCGGCGACGACACGUCGUCGUGCGUGCCCAUAUCGCUGGCGUUCGUGGCCGCGGCCGCCGCCGCCGUCGGUUCCGGCCAUCACAUCAACAACAACAACAACAAUUGUCUGCCGCACAAGCUGCGGCACAAGUCGCACCUCGGCGACAAGGACGUGGCGGCCACGGCCCUGCUGUCUUUACAGGCCAUCAAACAGGAGCCGGGCAGCAGCCGGGCGAGUCCGCCGUGGGACGCGGAGGGCAGCAGCGACGAACGCGACUCCGGCAUCAGCCUGGGCGCCGAAUGGGGCGUCAGGCCGGCCGCCGGUUGCCCGACGUCCGCCGCACCCAGGGCGGUGGCCAUGCAGUCGCCGCCGACGUCCGCGGCCACCGCAGCCGCCGGUGCAGUAGUGGCUGGCGAACCCGCCGACGGCGUGGCCGCAGCCGCCGCCGCCGGAGCCGACGACACCAGACUCAAGUCCGAAGUGGCCCGUCUGGCGUCCGAAGUGGCCAACCUCAAGAACAUCCUGUCCCGGAAGGCCACCAACGGCACGACCGCCCAACAACAACAACAACAGUCCACCGUCGCGGUCAACUGAAACAACAGUCGGCAGGCGACCGUUGCUGUCGUUGAGUGUAAAUCUGAUGCAAACAAAAUGUACAUAUAUAUAUUUAUUUAUAUAUAUAUUAUGUAUUUAUAAAUAAUAUAUAUUUAUAUGUAUUAUGUAUUCAUAAAUAAUA